AGGUAUACCGUCCGCCAUCGAUCGACAUGUCCUUUUCUGAUUGCUGUGAUUAUAUUGAAAGUUUGCCCUCCGUCGAUCAUCCGGAAUUGUUCGGAAUGCAGUCGGAGGCAAAUCGUUUAUGUUUACAAAAUGAAGGCAAACAUCUAUUGGACGAUCUCAUUCUGGUACAUCCACAGGUUGAGAAUCUUGGAGGGUAGGUCUUCGGAUUGGCUUUAAUAGAGAGUUAAUUUGAGCAAGAUGACGAAGUGCAAAGACGAAGACGUAUACUUGAGGACUUACUGUACAUUAUCCUGCGCAUACUGAGUUAAAUCGAAAAAAGGCACUUUAAAACAUUUCUACCGUUCCAAAACUUGUUUUGUGUUAAAGUCCAGGGGCCAGUUGUUCAAAGGUAGGUGGGUUAGCGCCAUAGUUAGCGUUUAUGUAUUUCUGCACUUCGGAUUAUUUCAAAACUUCAGAGAAGUAAACUCCUAUCGAUCCAGACGUGAUUUCUGAAGAAUCAUUUCCAAAUUUGUAAACAAGCUGUCAGGAAGUUUGCUUUGGAUUUUAGGUUAACCAAGCGUUAAGCUGGUCGGAUUUCGAACAACCGGCCCCUGGUAUUCUUGUUGAUUUUGAGCUUUUAGUCCUUGCUUGAACUAUGCCAAAAUUGGAAAAAAUCAAUGUUUUGAAAGUUGUACUAUUUUCGUGAUUCCCCCCUCCUUCUAUAAACAUUGCGGCUUUGCAUUCGGGAAUGAGAAUUUACAUCCGGACAACAAGCUUUUUGCCAAUCAGAGAGCGUCACUUGCCCCCAUUAGGAAGCUUCAAUUUGUCCCUCGAUUUUCCAAACAAUGCCCAUUCUAUUAUUUUAUAAUCUCUAUGGGUUGCUCAACGUAUGUUCCCUAAACAUUAUUGGGUAGGUUUAAAUUUUAUAUUUUCUAAUUUAAAUUUUAUAGUUCUGGCAAGACAAACGAUGAGAUCGUGCUGGAACUCGUCUCAGACAUUCAAAAGUUCCUUCCAACGAGAAUGGUAUCUCUUGAUAAACAAACAUCCACAAAGAACCCUAGCCAUCCUACUACAACCACCUCCUCUGAUCCUAUGAUGGACCCCUCUACCACCGUAUCCUCGGCUAUACAUACUGUAUUGAAACAGGAAGUGUUCAGGUUCACACGUCUCUUGAACGUCAUCCAUGCUUCGCUUAACUCUUUAUAUCAGUCUAUCCAUGGUCUAGUGUUGCUGUCAGUCGACAUUGAGGAAACCUACAAGUCCUUACUGAUCAACCAAGUACCAAGACAAUGGCAGGUAGGUACAUUUUCAGAUUUUGCUUUGAAGUGGUGUUGAAAGUUCGGGGGCAGGGGAGGGGUAACCCCGAGAGAGUGUAACGCUGACGUGCAAGUUGGCGAAUUUUGGUCUGAUUUUGUUCAAAUCCUUGUUUUUAGUCUUAUUUAGGUCAAAAUUCUUGUUUCGACCAUACCACUGUAAUUUCAUCUAAUAAGCAUUUAAAUUUCUGUAGUGGUGCAAAUUUCUUUGUGUAGGGUGGGAAAACUUUCUGGGGUCUUCCACUUUUACCACCCCCUCCCGCCAGAAAAUCUGUUUGUGUAAUGAACAGUCGCGAACAAAAGCACUGUAUAUUCUCCAGGUUAAGCCUGUAGAUCAUAUUUUCGUGUGGAGGUAGCCAAUCUUUGACAGGAUGGUAGACGUAGGGGUCUAGGGCGGUGAGCUCCAUAUUUACCUGGAGCGAGAACUCGAGUCAACAAAACGUGAAGCCAAAUAUGGAACUAUUGGACGUCAGUUUCAAUCCCUUUAUAAUGCUUUUGUCUACAAGGGGUGUGUCUGUAUUUUGACUUCUAUUUAAAGAAUAAUACGAAUGUUUUAUGAACUGAUAAUUUGUUUAGCGAUACGGUCGAUUAGAAAAAACUGGAAUUAGCUGGAGAAAAUGGUAUGAAAACUGUUUACAAUCUUCGUAGCUUCACUUUUCUAAUAUGCCGAAUGACUGAAGGUCUUCCUCCAAGGAAAAAAUAAAAAGUGUUUUUCGUUAACCAAUCACAUUGUCGAAAGUUAUUUUUCGCUUCGCCCGAAAAAAUUCGCCCAGUGGAAAACGGGCUUCAGGCAGAUCCCAUUCUGAUAACUUUUUAAUUUGGCUGUUUAAUUUGGCUUGGAAGAUUCGCGUCUAAUUUGUUUUGCGAACAACAUCUUGCCUUUGUUUUUAGAAAGUUUCCUACGAUUCCACGAAACCACUGGCGUCUUGGGUGAACAACUUGGUUCAAAGAAUUAAUUUCUUUUCCCGAUGGCUUGAAGCAACUCUCUUGGCACGUGACCCAUCUGCCGCGGCACGCUCGGCCCAGUCUACUCGUUCAGGCACGGCUGUUGCCGAGAAGACGUCAUCACAUGGUGUGUUCAGGUCUCCCGACAUGCCUCGCGCAUUCUGGAUCUCAGCUUUCUUUUGCCCGCAAGGUAAGUCCGACUUGGUUAUGUCAGUUCUCGCGAAGAGUGUAUGUACUGUACAUAGUAUAUAGAAUAGACCAUUUCCGAAUGGACCUAUUCCCUAAUGAACAAAAUUUUGAUCUAGACAAGGCAAGAUAAACAUUUCACCACAGCUUGAAAGAGCAUCACAAAAUUAGUAAUAUUCCAAAGUUUCGUUGCGAAAUGUUGUAAAAUGCGGAUAAUAUAGCCCUGCGAAGUUUGCCGUUUUUCAGUCAUUUUGUAUUACGCACGGCAAAUUGAUACCGCUUUCUGAAAAAAGGUAUCAAUUUCCCGUAAGGGGCCAUUCACAAAGGAUGUCCGAGCCGAGGGGGGGGGGGAGGGGGGUUUGGAAAAUCAGGACAAACUCGGACAUAGGGGAGGGAGGUUUUUAGCAAUCCGGAUGUCCGAAAUUUAAAAAACUUCAAAAACAAAUUUCUUUUUCCUCUAUAGUUUUGAACUCUCCUUCCCAUUGUGAAAUUGGCAUUUUGAACACUUCAUAAUAUUAUCUAAUUCUUUCCUUCAAUGAUGAAUUCAACAGUGGCAUCAAGUAAAAGCUUUCUGCAUGUAUAACUCCUUUUCUAUACAAUAAGUUCAUCCCAAUGUUGCAGUAACACAGUUGUUUGUUUUAAUUAAUAAUUUAUAUGUUUUUGUAUUCACAUUUAUAGUUAUAAAAAAGUUCUAAAAGUAAAAAAGGUUUUUACUCUUGACAUAUACAAGGUUGUGUGAGUUUUUGCGAGGCAUGGCGAAUGUCCAGAGGGAGGGGAGGGGGUCACUAAUUCGAACAAUGCCGGACAAGGGGGGGGGGGGUGUCUGAAAAUCUAUAAUUUGGCCGGACAUCCUUUGUGAAUGGCCCCUAAUACAAAAUGACUGAAAAACGACAAACUUCGCAGGGCUAUAUUAUCCGCAUUUUACAACAUUUCGCAACGAAACUUCGGAAUAUUACUAAUUUUGUGAUGCUCUUUGCAGCUGUGAUUAAAAUUGUGUCUAGACUUAUCUGGAUCAAAAUUUUGUUCAUUAGGGAAUAGGUCCAUUAGGCUUCAUUGACCACAAAGACUAUCUUGGGAACGAGGCUCCGUGUGAAAUUGUAAAGUCUUGUAUUGAUUUAGGACUGAACCUCGACCUGGUGUUGCCGUAGAUCGUAACCAAUGAUCGUAACUCGGAAUUGAUCUAUAGUAUAGUAUGCCUGCCACGUAUAGGUUCGGUUGUAUGCUCAUCAAGAUUUUGUUGGCAUCUCGAUUGAACAACAAUAGUUGAAGGUUUUUUUAGAUGGAAAUUACCGAGUGUAAAUCUAUAUACAUUUAUUAGACCUAACCAGGAACAGCUGCGAAAAAUGUAACUUUAGGUCUUCUGGCAGGAAUCUAACACCUACCCAUACCUUAACAUGACAGUACCCUAGUGAAGGCAGCACUUUCCUUGCGAUAGUAACUCCUAGUAUAUAUAUACUUUAACUUGUGGUUAGAGCUCGACAACUGGACUCUGUAGCUCAGUUGGUUACUGAGAGCGUUGCACUGGAAUCCCAGGUUCGAUUCCCGCCAGAGGGCCUAGUAUAGUUGCAUUUUUCGCAGCUGUUUCUGGUUUAAUAAAUGUAUAUAUAAUUUACACUCGAUAAUGUCUAGGUGCAAAACCCUUCAUCUCGGUUUUACUUAGCCUGCAAAGAAGGCGGAGUGACAGGCUUGCCUUGCAGGCUAGGUUAUUACUAAACACUAUCCUGCUGCAGAUCAUAUUCAUAGGGCGACAAUAGUGGGAUUUGAUAGAAUUUCUUUUCAAUAUAUUCUAAUUUCUCGUAUUAGAUGCCAAAUGAGUAGAAUUGAGUAAUUGACAGUUUGUUUUCCUUUUAAAAGUGUAUAUAGUGUGCACAACUGCCCCAGAAUUGUGGACCUAACAGAAUCUUCUUUUUUUCAGGAUUCUUCACGUCAGUUCUUCAAAGGCAUGCUCGAGUACACCAAGUUCCUGUGGACUCUCUGAUGUUUCAAUACGAGAUCACGGAGAGAGUAUGGCUUCCUGACGACACACCACACGAGAGGGAUCUCGAUAUAAACAGAGUGGCAUUCCAUGGCGCAUCACCGGAUGAUUGUGUUCGGAUAUUUGGUCUGUAUCUGGAUGGUGCUAUCUGGGAAGCGACCUCUGCAUGCUUGCAGGAAUCUCUCAUGGAUGAACGCUUUUCGGCUUUGCCUGAGGUCAAGCUUAUGCCAGUCGUGGUAAGGCUAACUUACUAUACGUCAAUCUCUUAAUUCCUCUUUGUUUAUGCGAUUGACAAUUUUUGCCCGUCUGAUUAUGAUUAUUCAGCUCACAACCCAUCCAUUACUUACAUUACCUACUUAGCCUGACUAUUUAUUAUUAGAACAAUUGUGAUAUUACUUUCAUAACUGUUUAUCCUAACCCACCCUGUCAACUUUCCCUGUGGGAGGAAACCAGAGCGCCCGGAGAAAACCCACGACUUUCGACAGAGCGUUGACUGACUCUUUUCACAUGAGUCCGUAGCGAGAAUCAAACCCACGAACUCAGAGGUGAAAUACGCUUGCUCUGACGACUGCGCCACCGAAGCCCCCUGUGCUUGCGCAUAUUGAGAUUGGUUUCAACGAAUACAAGCUAUAGAUUCGUGUCCUGCUAUUUAUGAAAUAGACCUUUCCGGAAAGUACUCAGCCUUGGCUAUAGGGUCCCGUAUUCGGGAUUGAUGCAUCGACUUUAAAACCCUUCAUCUUGAUGAUAUGAUGUGACCCUUUCAGCGCCUAUUCUGAGACACUGUUAUCAAUAGGAGCCCUGCACUAAAACUAAUACAAGAAUAUAAAAAUAAUUUUAACCUACAUAUUACUACAAAUAUACAAAAUAUGUUGAGCGUAUAAGUCCAUAUCGAUGAGAAGAACCAAUAACACUAAAAGUUAGCAUUUCCAUCAACCAAUGAUUAAAACACAGGAUGCCCAGGCUCGAUUUGCCCGCGCCCGCCUGUGCCUUCCUUAUAACGAGGGAAGGACGGAGACAUUGAGACCAAAAUAGCCCAGACUUGGCAUAUGUCACACGAAACUAUCCUCGAUUUUUCGCUUUUAAUGCAUUUCUUUCACGAUUAAUCGAUAUUCCCUGCAAGAAUGAUACCAUAUAACUCUCAAAACAACGAUGCUUUAAGCAAAGAGCUUAAAUUCGCUCUGAAAUUCGUGAGGGAAUAACAAAAUUUGGCCAAAAUAUAUCCGCGUGCCGGGUUUGCUGUGCAAAAAGCGGAAGUCGUUGAACAACUCAAAAUACACUCAACCCUGAUUGGACAAUGAAUAUCAACAAACAUAUCAAAUUUUUUUAAACAGUACUGUAAUAAUUUCAAUCAUACAAUCAAAACUAUUCACAAACGUUAUAAAGUGUAAAUAUUACUGCAUGUAAAUAUAACUGUAGUACGUACGUUAAUAUGUAUAAUAAAUUGUAUUUCACAUUGUGUUUGUUAAAAAAAUUUGAAAUGUUUGUUGAUAUUCGUUGUCCAAUCAGGGUUGAGUGUAUUUUGAGUUGUUCAACGACUUCCGCUUUUUGCACAGCAAACCCGGCACGCGGAUAUAUUUUGGGCGAAUUUUGUUAUUCCCUCACGGAUUUCAGAGCGAAUUUAAGCUCUUUGAUUAAAGCAUCGUUGUUUUGAGAGUUAUACGGUAUCAUUCUUGCAGGGGAUAUCGAUUAAUCGUGAAAGAAAUGCAUUAAAAGCGAAAAAUCGAGGAUAGUUUCGUGUGACAUAUGCCAAAUCUGGGCUAUUUUGGUCUCAAUGUUUCCGUCCUUCCCUCGUUAUAAGGAAGGUACAGGCGGGCGCGGGCAAAUCGAGCCUGGGCCUCCUGUGAUUAAAACUGUUAAAAACAAUAUAGGCAUUGUAGAAGAAUGACUUCUUUGUCGAUUCAAGCUCGUGGGCUUCAUCUUGAUACUGAUGACUCAAUUAUAUAGAGGUCUUCUAUAUAUAAUCUAAUAUUAUCUAAUAUAACUAUAUGAAGAAUUACCUACACGUUCGAUCUGGCUUACCGGGCUGUCGCGUUAACCGGGCUAGCCCGGCUUCCAUAUAGACAACCCUUUAGAGGUUCAACUGAAAAUCUUAUUUCAACUCACCAUAUUUAUUUCCAGAGCACAAAGGGUUAUAGUCCCGAUACGAACUUGAUACCCUAUGAAUGCCCUGUCUACUCUACGCCUGUACGAGGCAACUCGUUUAUCCUGGCCAUCCACCUGCCAUCCGCACAUUCCUCGCAGUACUGGGUCACACGUGGCGUUGCCUUGGUUACGCAGCUACCGGAGUAAAGCUUGCUGUAGACUGGUCAGUGGUUAUCGUUUCUUGUGUAUAUAAUUUGUGUAUAUACUGCCUGUAUGUGAAUGUACGUUCUACUGGUGGGUUUUAGUAAGUGUCAUAGGGCAGCAGAUGGUGGUCAAGUUAAAAUAAAUAUUUCAGUUCUACUAUGUUUUACUACCAAGACAAGACUAUCACAUAAAAUGAAAAGAAUUUGCAUUAUUUUCUCGGUCUGAUAACUGCAAGUUGAUUCUGUGCCGUCUGCUGUGCGAUAGUGCUUACUGAAGUCAUUGUUUUGUAUAUACUGUGAAUAUAACUUUUAUUUAAGUUUUGACAUCUCAGUCAAUG